AUGAAAAAAGCAGCAUGUUUGUUGUCAUAUAUUAUCAUUUACUUCUGUAGUUUAUCGAAAGCAAAUGAAAACUUUAAACAAUUUGAUGAAAUUGCUUGGUUCGAUAACUCAGGUCGAGAAAAGUAUUCUCAAUAUUCUGAUUUAAUUGAAGCGUCAAUUGUUAGUCAAAAAUAUAAUAACAACCUUGAUGAUGUAGAAUUUAAAAAGUCUUUAAAAUGGCCGGCUAUUAGACGUUCAAAUCGUUUAAAGUAUGGCGGUCCAAAGGUUGUUGAUGCGUUUUUUAAUACUCUAAGAAGCGUUAUUCAGCCUUCAGAGAAGUCAACACAAUACAACGAGACGACAAAUGGAAUCGAUACUAAUGUUAAUGUACAAAACAUAGAUUUUAUUCCAACUUUUGGCAACAAUCAAGACUUGCAAUUCAUUUAUAUGGGAACAAAGUGGUGUGGUGCUGGUGAUAUUGCCCAAAGCAAACGUGAUAUUGGAUAUUUUUAUAUGACAGAUUCUUGUUGCCGCGAUCACGAUUUAUGUCCGCAGAUGAUUGAAGCUCAGAAGUCAAAUUAUGGAUUAAGAAAUCCAGGAAAAUUUACACGGUCUCAUUGUGAUUGUGAUAACGCAUUCUAUCGCUGUCUAAAAUCCGUCAACACAGUAGUUUCUAAUCAAAUUGGAGUCAUUUAUUUCAACGUUCUUGGGCCUCAAUGCUUUAAAAAAGAACAUCCUUCAAAAUGUAAACGAAGAAGUAAGAGAAGAUGUGUGGAGUACGAGGCAAAUGAAUCAGAAUCAAAGCAAUAUCAAUGGUUUGAUAAUAAAUGGUACUAA